GCCUUGGAACAAAUGUGAUGUAUGGACGCUGAAUAUGCAGCUGCAAAUUGGUAACCAUGCAGAUCAGGAUACGUCCAACGUCCCUAGGCUACCAGCCCUUCUCCCUACCCAAAAAUAGGCCUGUCAAGAAUUAUUUAUGAGGAUCGUUGUCUGCAACAAUGCCUCCGAUUCCAAAUACCUGCAGCCACGAACUAUCCAUCACCUGCAAGCAUCAACCUGCAGUCAUUCUACCCGACCAUAGUCUAUCCUUACCACCGCCGUUAUGUCGUUGGAUCAAGUCUCAGAUAGUGGCACCUCGGGUGACUUUGAGCAUCCCAAUCAGAAUCUCCGCCGGUCGGUUAUCAUUGCACUUUAUUUCGCUUUCAUUUUGUCCACCGUUGCAGUAGCCCUGCGCCUUCUCGCCAGAAAGAUCACUGGUAGCAAGUUGUACCUGGAUGACUACCUCAUCAUAAUAGCUUUGCUUUUCAAAUAUGGCUGUUCGAUCGGUGUUACCAUUCUUCUGUUCAACGGCCUGGGAUCUCACAUCACCAUGAUUCCACAAAAAAACCUGACAGUUUACUUUAAGAUCGGAUGGUCCAACUCUUUCGUCUACACCUGCUGCGUCGCAUUCAUCAAAUUAUCCAUCCUUGCAGUCUACAAGCGGCUGUUCGCAGCCAAGAGCAUGACAAUCUCAGUAAACAUUGUCGGAACAAUUGUUAUUCUUUGGGCCCUGAGUGUCAGCAUUGCCGGUGUCUUGAACUGUGUCCCAGUGCACAAGUUCUGGGACCGCACAGUCCCGGGACACUGCGUCGACACAGUCAGCUACUACUAUGGCCAACAAAUCCCCAAUAUCCUCACGGAUGUGGUCCUCCUGGUCAUGCCAUUGAAGAGUGUCUGGGCUUUGCCAAUCUCAAAAGCACAGCGCCUGUUGCUUUCGGGAGUUUUUCUCGUGGGAAUCCUGACUCUAUGCUUCGACAUCGUCCGUCUAGUCGCUAUGAUCCAGCUCACCCAGGCCGGUCCAGAUAUCACCUACAACCAAGUCCCCGUCGUAGUCUGGACCUGCAUGGAAGCAGCAGUGGGAAUAACAGCUGCAUGUCUGUCACAUAUCCGACCACUAUUCAACGUCAAGCUCUGGACCCGACUCCGGACCUCUUCACAGGAACCCGAGAAGAGGCAGCUCAACUCGGCGACCUCUGAGGCGUUCUCGACCGAUCGGACACUCUUCGAUCCCUGUGGUACUCAAACUACGAUCUACAGUGGUCAUGAGGCUUGUGUUGAGGCAGGGAAAGCUUAGUUGCUAUCCCGACCUAGUCAAGCAACCUGGCGGGAAAGCUCGUGGCACUACGUACCGACAUUAUUCUCUAGCAACCUUUCUGCUCCACUCUUUUGACCCUUUGACCUUUCAUCGAAAUGUAUAUAGAUGCCUAGUUCUUGUUCAUCAAUGCGAUACCCUGACAGAAUUCCAGACAUGAUAUCGUUUUGAAUGACAUAUAUAGAAGAAGGUCAAGACGGUUCGCAACUUCCGGCAAAACCAAAAACUGUAGCAGGCA